GCGCUGGGUGGAUUUUGGGGGGGGUCUCACUCCCUGCCCCCCCAGGCCGGCUGACCAAGGCCUCGCGGGUGCUGGUCCAGGCCGGCGGCUCCAUCACGUCGCUCUCGGCCCGGGCCUGGGCCAGCCGGGAGGCGCCGGACCCGUCGCUGCUGGUGAACGCCUGCCCCGACCGCCUGCUGCUCUUCCGGGUGGUGGAGGACGAGGGGGGCUCGGGGGCCCCGGGGCUGCGGCUCCGGCGCAGUUUCCCCACGCGGCACCGGGAGCAGCCCCUGAGGAGCUGCUUCUGCCCCCUGAUGUCCUUCCGGCAGGGAGCCUGCGUGGUGACGGGCAGCGAGGAGAGCUGUUGGGUGCCAUCCCUCAGCCCUGUCCCCAAUGUCCCUGAUGUCCCCAUGUCCCCACAGUGA